AAUGAACUUAAAUAAAUAAACGUGUCUGGUCGUCCAGCAUGUUCGAAGAAGCUGCAAGAGGCAACAGAGCUUUCAGCUUUGCUUACUGAAUAAACAAAGCCCUCUCUGAGAAAGUUAGGCCACUGGUUAUUGUUAUAUCUUCCAAUUCACUUGGAUUCAAAGCAAAAAUGUUUGAUUUUCAGUCACCAUCUCAUCUGCUCUGCUGCUAUUGUUAGUUGUACCCCUCACCCUUCUGCUCCUCAAUCCUUUUAUUCGCAACUCGAAUCCAUUCAUUUCCUUGUAUCCAUUUUUUGGUGAACAUUAGGUAUUUCUUGAUGACACCAGAUCAGUUAUGCAACUCUAGCAGUGCAGUCUCCUUUACACCAGUUUUGCCACGGGCUGUCGAACAAAGAGAUAUAUCAGCAAAUAAUUCAAGAAACAGGGCUGCCCCUUUUACUACUUUCUUAGUAAGAAUAGCCAUGAGAGUAUCAAGAUCAAGGUGUUACAGUUUCUUGAGAAGAGUUUUUCAUUACCAGAACGGAUCAAGAUUGGAUCUCGGGUCGAAUCCGUUCAAUUCUCGAACCUGGAUGUUGAUGGAAUUUCUUGCUUUAACCGUUCAAAUUACUCUCAUUACAUAUGCUCUGUGCAUCACCAAAGAUGAGAGACCGGUUUGGCCCAUGAGAAUAUGGGUUUCCGGGUAUGCUUUAGGGUGUUUCUUUAGCCUUAUUCUCCUCAACUGGCGCUAUCUGUUCUUUUAUGCAACUCAAAGAAACAAUAAUCCCGGUUUUUCUGAUAUUGAACAGCAAAGAAAUGUUCAAGAAUUAAGAAGUAUGCAGAACAUGGAUAAAUGCAGGACAUGGCUUGAACUUUUAUUUGCAAUAUGGUUUGUAAUGGGGAAUGUUUGGGUGUUCGACUCGCGGUUCGGGUCAUAUCGACAAGCUCCGAAACUUCAUGUCCUCUGCAUAUCACUGCUUUCUUGGAAUGCCAUCAGCUAUUCAUUUCCAUUCAUACUUUUUGUGUUACUUUGCUGCUGUGUACCACUGCUUAGCAGCUUCCUAGGUUACAACAUGAACAUGGCAUCCCAUGAUAAAGGGGCAUCUGAUGAGCAGCUUGCCAAUUUACCAACCUGGAAAUAUAAGGAUGUUGGCAAGAGUUUCGAGCUUGGGAAUCCAACCAAAGACAACGAAAAUACAGAAUGCUGUAUCUGUCUGGCCAAGUAUAGAGAUAAGGAAGAGAUUAGGCAAUUGCCAUGUAACCAUAUAUUUCAUUUGAAGUGUGUGGAUCAAUGGCUCAAGAUUAUAUCUUGCUGUCCUCUGUGUAAACAAGGACUAGAGAAAUAACCAACACAAAAAAAGAGAAAAUAGCAGCAGAAUUUUUUUUCUUUAUUAUAGAAAAAUACACAAGAAAAGGGAAGGUUUUUAUAUAUAUGUAUAUUCACAUUUGUAUGACCUUCACAUGGUUACCAGAGUGAGUGAAUUUCUUGUACAUUGAAGCUCACCUGUAACCAAAAUUUAUUUGCGAAUGCAUGAGAGAGAGUUUUGUUUGUGUAAAUGAGUUUUACUGAGAAGAAGAGAGAAAUUUCAUUUUUUA